CAGCCCCAAGCCUCCGCCAUCAUGGCUCUCAGUUGGUCGGCCAAAGAGCACAAAAACACGAACCAGCCCGCCGCCGCCACGGGACUCAAGCGGCCGCGCAACGACGUCGGGAACAAAGUGGCUGUGGUGCUGGGUGCGCAGUGGGGCGACGAGGGAAAAGGAAAAGUGGUCGACCUGCUGGCCACUCAAGCGGACUUUGUCUGCAGAUGUCAGGGGGGCAACAAUGCAGGACACACUGUGGUAGUGGACGGCAAAGAGUACGACUUCCACCUUCUCCCCAGUGGAAUCAUCAAUCCCAAAAGCAUCUCACUCAUUGGUAAUGGUGUGGUCAUACAUUUACCUGGCCUGUUUGAGGAGGGGGACAAAAAUGAGAAGAAAGGGUUGAAAGGCUGGGAGAAGAGACUAAUUGUCUCAGAUAGGGCUCAUCUUGUGUUUGAUUUUCACCAGGUCAUCGACGGCUUACAGGAAACUGAAAGACAGGCACAAGAAGGAAAGAAUAUUGGAACAACCAAGAAGGGAAUUGGACCCGCAUACUCCAGCAAGGCGUCCCGCACUGGUCUUCGUGUAUGUGACCUUCUGGGUGACAUUAAGGACUUCUCUAGCAAAUUCAAGAACCUUGUCCGCCAGUAUCAAUCCAUGUAUCCAUCCUUGACAGUCGACGUUGAGGACCAAUUAAAAAAGCUUAAGGAGUAUGGUGAAAGAUUGCGGCCCAUGGUCAGAGAUGGAGUCUAUUACAUGUACGAAGCCCUUCAUGGAUCUCCAAAGAAAAUUCUGGUUGAAGGGGCCAAUGCUGCUCUCCUUGAUAUUGACUUCGGAACAUAUCCCUUUGUAACAUCAUCAAACUGCACUGUUGGCGGGGCAUGCACCGGUCUUGGCAUCCCUCCGCUGAAUAUUGGUGAUGUGUUUGGUGUAGCAAAGGCCUACACCACCCGCGUGGGAAUUGGAGCCUUCCCCACUGAACAACUCAAUGCAGUCGGAGAACUGCUGCAGACAAGGGGUCAUGAGGUAGGUGUGACCACAGGGAGGAAGCGACGUUGCGGCUGGUUGGAUCUUGUCAUCGUCAGAUACGCCCACAUGAUCAAUGGGUUCACUGCCAUCGCUUUGACUAAACUUGACAUUCUGGAUGUGUUGGAGGAAAUUAAAGUAGGCAUCGCUUACAAACUCCACGGGAAAAGAAUUCCACAUUUUCCAGCAAACAUGGAUGUUUUGCAAAAAGUGGAGGUUGAGUAUGAGACUUUCCCUGGGUGGAAGACAGACACAUCUGCAGCACGUAAGUGGGGUGACCUCCCAGUCAAGGCACAAAACUACAUCCGCUUCAUUGAGAACCACAUUGGAGUUCCAAUCAAGUGGGUCGGUGUUGGAAAGUCCAGGGAGUGCAUGAUCCAAAUGUUUUAGAGGAGAAACCCCUGCUCAUCGUUCACAGUCGUACAG